CGCGGCGUCGAGCGUGGGACCGGGUUCCGCGAAGCGCGGGAAAGAGCCUUGGGCUGUAGGCCUUGGGGUCUUCGGUGUUCUCGGGAGUCGGCUUUUGCCGCGACCCCUCAAACCGAGUGGGACCGGAAGUGGUGCGACAGACUCCUCGGACCGAGGCGCGGCCUCAGGUGCCGCAAGGACCGAGUCCGUAGUUGGCUGGGGGACCCUGUUCUCCACCUUAGCACCCUGCGCGCCGUCAGGUUGGGGGCGAAGGCGGGAGCUCCGGGAAGUUUCCAAGGAACUGCGGAAGGGUUUCGGAUCGGAUCCCAGCGCGGGUGGCUGCUGGGUUAUGGGCACACACUUGUAAUCCCAGCACUUGGGAGGUCGAGACGGGAGGAUCACUGGGUGUUCGAGUUUAGCAUAGUGAGUUUAAGGCCAGCCUGAACUGCAUAGUGAAACUUUGUUUCAAAAGACAAGAAACAAAACAACCAAAAAACUUAUGGGGACCUACAGUAUCCAGCUACCAGCACAGGAAGCUGAGGCAGCAGGAUCUCCGCCGGUCCAGGCCGACCUGGGUGCACAGCGGGACCCAGUGCAAAAACCACAAGAUAACGUCCUCACUUCGGAGGCCCGCGAGCGCUCUCUUCCCGGUGUUUGCUGAUUGCAGGGCAAGCGCGACGACGAUGUGCGGGCGGACAUCCUGCCACCUGCCCAGGGAAGUGCUGGCCAGGGCCUGUGCCUACCGCGACCGUGGCGGCCUGCGGCGGCUCCCCGAAUGAAGACAGCCUGAGAAGUACCACCCUUCCUACAACCAGAGCCCGCAGAGCUGCAACCCGGUGCUGCUGUCGCGCCUGCACCUGGAAAAGGGACUCACUAUGCAGUUCAGGAUGAUCUUGAGCUCACUUUGUAGCCCAGGCUGGUAUCGAACUUGAUUGAAACGAUCCUCUGCUUCAGCCUCCAGAGUGCUUCGAUUACAGGAUGCAGACUCAUCAGAACAGAUCAUUGCUCCCAUGAGAUGGGGCCUGGUCCCCUCUUGGUUCAAAGAAAGUGACCCUUCCAAGCUGCAAUUCAACACCAUCAACUGUCGCAGUGAUACCAUCCUGGAGAAAUGGUCGUUCAAGGUGCCGCUGGGAAAGGGAAGACGCUGUGUUGUCUUAGCAGAUGGAUUCUUUGAGUGGCAACGAUGUCAUGGAACAAGCCAGCCGCAACCAUACUUCAUCUAUUUUCCUCAGACUGAGACAAAGCAGCUAGGCAACAGUGGGACUGUGGACAAUACAGAGGACUGGGAAAAAGUCUGGGACCACUGGAGGCCGCUGACAAUGGCAGGGAUCUUUGACUACUGGGAGCCCCCCGAGGGAGGAGACCUGCUGUAUUCCUACACCAUCAUUACCAUGGAUUCCUGCAAAAGCUUGCAUGAUAUCCACCACAGGAUGCCUGCCAUCCUGGAUGGAGAGGAGGCCGUGUCCAGGUGGCUAGACUUUGGGGAUAUCCCUACUCAGGAGGCACUGAAGCUGAUCCGCCCCACAGAGAACAUCACCUUCCACGCUGUCUCCCCCAUUGUCAACAACUCGAGGAACAACAGCCCUGAGUGUCUGACUCCUGUCCACUUGGUGGUCAAGAAGGAGCCCAAGGCAAGUGGCAGCAGCCAAAAGAUGAUGCAGUGGCUAGCCACGAAGUCACCCAAAAAGGAAGACCAAGAGACACCCCAGAAGGACAAGUCCGACACACCCCAGUGGUCCAGCCAGUUCCUGCAGAAGAGCCCGCUACCCGCCAAGAGAGGUGGUGCAGGCCUGCUGGUGCGAUGGCUGAAGCAGGAAAAGGAGGAGGCGCCCGCGGCCAAGCGGCCUCACAGUCAGGGUUUCUUUUGCGGGACAGAGGAGCAGAUGUUGAGAGUUUGGACAAACUCAUGAAAACGAAAAACAUACCUGAAGCUCAUCAAGAUGCAUUUAAAACUGGUUUUGCAGAGGGUUUUCUGAAAGCUCAAACAUUAACACAAAAAACCAAUGAUUCUUUAAGGCGAACUCGUUUAAUUCUUUUUGUUCUGCUUCUGUUUGGCAUUUAUGGACUCUUAAAAAAUCCAUUUUUAUCUGUCCGCUUCCGGACUACUACCGGGCUUGAUUCUGCAGUAGAUCCUGUUCAGAUGAAAAAUGUCACUUUUGAGCACGUUAAAGGAUCUAACAUACGUGCAUUCACCAGUGAAGUUGUCAUGGCUAAAACUCCUGGCACCAGCUUCUACCUAGACAUCAACUGUCAUCCCGUCGACUCCCCUAGACUCCAGUACAGUGCCCUCGGCCAGCAGGAAGUAGUUAAAGAGAGAAAUCUUUGCCCCUUUUCCUAAUAAUCAUAAGAUGGGAUAUGAAAGGGUUGCCGGCCCAGGCCGGAUACUGUAGCCAGUAAAGCCAGGGAGCUCCUAUCUCCCCCCACCUUUAGAAAUUACUUCUGGCGCCAAACUAAGACCAAUGGGCUACCUGUGCAUCCCUAAUGCCCCUUAGGUUCCACCCCAGGCUGAGGUUACUUAUAUGCCUCACUCCACGUGUUCCACAGAGAGAUCGCUGGCCCCGGGGUGGAGAUGCCAUGCCCCAGGGGGUCAGGGGUGUCUCUCCCCGCAUUCCCAAAAUAAAGGUUACUUAUAUUUUA